AUGGUAGACCAGUCAACGAUCCCCUUAGCUGAUCAAAGAUACCAUACACCAGCUCCAAUUGAUCUGUUGUUAGGCUCGGAUAUCCUCGGACAGGUUUUAGAUGGGACUAAAGUCUCAUUGGGGCCCGGCAGGCCAAUAGCCUUCGGCACGAUAUUUGAUUUUGCAUUGUUAGGACCCAUACACGAUUUGUAUACUGCUCCUGUAAGCAAAACUGAAUCGGCUCACAUUGUCAGCGCACAACCAGAACUCGAGGUAUCUACACAUGAUAUUCGCAAGAGCCUUGAGAAGUUCUGGGAAUCUGAAGAGCCCCAACUUCAUGUUGAAACUACCCCUUUGCAAGAUCAGUUUCUUAAUCUUGAAAAGAAGUUACAAGCUGACCCAUAUCUCCGUGUGAAAUACAUUGAUUUCAUGGCAGAUUAUCAGAAGCUGGGUCACAUGUCCCCAUGCCACCCGAGUACUUUUGCUCAUAAACCUCACUUCUAUAUCCCUCAUCAUGGUAUCUUCAAGUCGGGAUCAGACAAGCUACGCACUGUUUUUGAUGGUAGCUGUAAAAGCUCAAAUGGUGUCAGCCUAAAUGACUGUUUACACACUGGUCCAGCUCUUCAACAGAACAUUGUCGAUAUUAUCUUGUCGUUUAGAACUCAUCCUGUAGUUUUCAGCACUGACAUUUGUAUGAUGUUCAGAAACAUACUCAUACAUCCCGAUCAGAGGCGUUACCAGCUCAUUCUCUGGCGCUCUUCGCCAGAUCAGCCCCUCCUUACAUAUGCCUUAAACACUGUUACAUACGGGUUACGAUCAAGCCCAUAUCAUGCUAUACGCACUUUAAUCCAAUUAGCGGAUGAUGAAGGUCAUCGCUAUCCUGCAGCUGCUCAAGUGCUGCGCAAGUCCAUAUUCGUCGAUGAUAUUCUCACUGGUCACGAUUCUGUAGUAAAGGCUCAAGCUCUCCAAAACGACUUGAUUAACUUACUAGCCUUAGGUGGUUUUCAGCUCAGUAAAUGGACCUCAAACUGCCCUCAGCUUCUUGAAAGAUUUCCCGAUGAUCAGUGUGACAUGCCCAAGGACUUUGACAUUAGCCCAGACUCCAACUCCAUAAAAGUAUUAGGUAUACAGUGGAUUCCUCAAUCGGAUGAGUUAACUUAUCGUAUUUCUCUCCCCUCAAUAAAACAAAUUACCAAACGCUCAAUCCUCAGCACAGUCGCCUCUCUUUAUGACCCUAACGGUUGGGUUACUCCUGUUAUCUUCCGCGCAAAGCUUCUCCUACAGAAGCUGUGGCUUCUAAAGUUAGAAUGGGACGAACACACCCCUGUUGAAGUGCAGACAGAAUGGAACCGCAUAUCACAAGAUCUGCCCCAAUUGUCAACCCUUCGUUUGCCUCGCCUUAUUUGUACAAACAAACUUAAGUCUACUUACUCGCUUCACGGGUUCGCAGACGCCUCAGAGGCAGGUUUUGCUGCCGUUAUUUAUCUCCAUGAACUCGAUGAGCACAGAUGUGUCAACGUAUACCUCGUAAUUGCUAAAUCACGAGUCGCACCCGUUAAAAAUCGUCUUACCAUCCCCAAGAUGGAGUUAUCUGCUGCAAGUCUCUUAACACAGCUUAUGAUACGUGUCUCGACUCGAUUGUUGUCCCAUAUUACCAUAAAGCAACACAUAUGCUGGUCAGACAGUACCAUUGUCCUAGCAUGGCUAAACCCACCUCCUCAUAGACUUCAGGUCUUUGAAGCUAACAGGGUUGCCAAGAUAACAUCCAAUCCAAUCACCUCCACAUGGAAACAUGUUCCUACAAACCUGAACCCUGCAGACUGUGCGAGCAGGGGAAUGUCUGCCCAGUCACUAUCGGCUCAUGAUCUUUGGUGGUCUCCUAGCUGGCUGAAGGAGCCUCCUGACACCUGGCCCAAAAUGCCUCCUGCUCUAGGCCACCAUGCAUUACCAGGUCUGAAGCCCAAGAAAGUACCAGCUCAUAUAGCAGUUCCUGACCUCGACCUUGACUUGCUUACUCGAUUCAGUUCUCUCGACAAGCUCGUUGGAGUGACAGCUUGCAUAAAACGCUUUAUUUUCAAUUGUAGACACAACUCAACUGAUAGGCGCUCUGGUCCCUUGACAGUUGGAGAACGUAGAGAUGCUCUGUUAUUCUGGGUUCGCUCUGUUCAACACAAUGAGUUUGCGGAAGAUAUUUACCGUCUUCAGGCAGGCAAGAUUUGUACCGUUCGACUUCAGCGUCUUUCACCCUUGAUGAAAGAUGAUCUCUUGAGAGUUGGUGGUCGCCUCACUCAUGCGCCAAUAAGAUACGAUGCUCAGCAUCCUCUCGUUCUGCCCAGCUCUAGCCCACUAGUUGAUCUCAUCAUAGACCACUAUCACAGAAUAAACUGUCAUCCUGGGGCUAACACAUUACACGCUAUCCUCCGUCAGCAGUUCUGGAUACUCUCAGCACGUCGUGUCAUCAGGCAUCGCGUGUACAAAUGCAUUAGAUGUUUCCGAUAUCGCGCUCAGGCCAGGGCUCCGUUGAUGGCUGAUUUGCCCGCAGACAGAGUCACACCCCAGCCAGUAUUUAGUCAGGUCUCUACAGAUUUUGCGGCCCGUUUCUCAUUAAAUCUAGUACUUUACCUCAUCCAAGCUCUCUCUCAGCGUUUUUGGACUCUGUGGACCAAAUCCUAUCUCCAUACCCUCCAAACCCGCUCCAAAUGGCUUUCCACAUCCUCACCUCCUCAAGUUGGAGAGCUCGUCCUCAUCAAAGAGGACAAUCAGCCCCCGCUGCAAUGGAAACUUGGAAGGAUUAUCCGCACGUUACCCGGCAAGGAUGGAGUGAUCAGAGUCGUGGAUUUAGACACGAAGCAUGGAAGUCUGCGGAGACCUGUGUUCAACUACAACAACGUCCCGGGCAUAUACGAAGUACGAGAACUACUUUGUAUGCCCGGGGCUAUCAUCAAAGCCUGGCGCGGAAGGAGGGAUCCAGUUCAAUGGCAUAGAUGCCAACAAUUUCGGCACUCCUCGCACAAUUGCCACGGGCCUGUCGCCUGUGAGCGCUGCGGAGAAUACCACCUCGCCCGGAAAUGUCAACGCCCACUUGAAGCCCCGCCGACUUGCGCAAAUUGUGGUAAUGUGCACACGGCAAACAACUCGAAUUGCCCCGUAUACCGGGAAGAGUUGCGGAACCGGAAGUUGAGCACCGUCGAACGUACAGCUACUACUCCAGCAGCAACCAACGCGUCUAAAAAGGUCAACGCUCGGGGAUCACUCAUGGUGGCAGCCAACCAGCCAAAGAAGUAUCUUGGCACGAAUAAGCCGAAGCGCAGAAAGCGGAGCAGGCGCGAUGGAUCGCGUCCACAGGAAAAACCUACUAACAACGUCGCUGCCACCGACAGCGACGACAGCCAAAAUUACUACGGCCACCGUUCAACCCGAUGGUACUAA